AUGGUUUGUGAUCCUAUCUUUAAGCUUUUAAGAAAACAUCAGCAUGUUGUGUGGGAUGAAUAUUGUCAAAAGGCCUUCGACAUAAUUAAGGAGUAUCUUAUGAAGCCAUUGAUACUCAAGCCACCAAAUGAUGGCAAGCUAUUGAUCUUAUACUCAGCCUUGGAGGAGGAAGCUAUAGGGACAAUGGUAGCACAGUGUGGACCUAAUGAUGUUGAGCAUACGGUCCAUUAUCUCAGUAAGAAGUUAUUAUCUUACAAGUCGAAGUAUAACCUCGCAGAAAAGACAUACCUAGCCUUGAUAUGGGCUAUAAAGAAGUUGAGGCACUACUUUCAGUCUUACAAGGUGCAAGCAAUUCUAAAAAUAGACCCUCUGAAGUACUUAGUUGAAGCUCCAUCUCUUACAGGAAAGCUAGCUAGAUGGUUAGUACUCCUAACAAAAUUUGACAUUGAGUACAUCACUAUGAAGGUAGUCAAGGGUAAGACUACAGCUGAGUUUUUAGCCCGAAAUGAAAUCGAAGGAGACAACCUUUGGGAUCUAGAAUUUCCUGAUGAGAAUCUAAGGGCAAUCAAGAUUCAGGAGUGGAAUAUGUACUUUAAUGGAGCCGUGAAUGCAAGAGGGGCAGGGUUAGGAGUAGUUCUGAUCAUUCCAAAAGGGGAGAUGCUGCUAAUUGCAAAGAGAUUAGACUUUAAAGUAACCAAUAACAUGACGAAGUAUGAAGUAUAUUUAUUUGGAUUAGAAGCAACUAUGGUAGCAAGAGCUAAGAAUUUGAUGGUCCGCAAGGGCUCCAUGAUGGUAAUCCAACAAGCCCUCAAGAAAUGGAAAGUAAAAGAAGGGAGGUUGAAGCCAUAUGUUAAUUAUCUUAGAACUUCAGUAUGCAACUUCUCCAAGCUUUCCUUUAUACACUUGCCUCGAGAUGAGAAUCAGAUGGCGACUGCGUUAGCUACUCUAUCGUCAAUGUGGGUCAACCCCUCAUGGCUAUCAAUGAUGCCUUUGGUGAUCGUGAAAUCAGGCACGACUUGUUAUCAAGGGGGUCAGAGAAUGCAAAUUCAUAUAAGAUCAUAA